UCCAUUUGUUUUUGUUUAUGCGCAAACAACGACUAACGAGUAACGAGUAAAAAAAAAAAAAAUAAUACGAUCUGCAUCCAAUUCGUCCGGUUGCCGACAAUAAUAUUAUUAUUUUUUGUUUAUCUUUCACGUAUUUUCCUCGACUAUUUUUUCGACGACUUACCGUACGGAAGUAAUGAAGUUGUGUUUAUAGUGCUAACCAUGGCCAAUCUUGAAGAAGAUCUGUCGCGUAUGUCCAUAGGCGAUGAUUCGAGUAAUAAAUUUGCAAGAAAAGACAAGUUCCCGAGAGAAGUAGAAAUCUACAGGCCUGGAAGUGGACCAUUAAAAAGAAGCGGUAAUUCUCGCCAAGAUGCUGAAGAUGAUGAUAAACGAUCUGGAUUUGAUCGUGACCUUGAAUCAUCAAAAAAGAGUGAUUUUAUUCCUAAUAAACAUUUUGAAAAUCCAAGUAGGAAAAAAGAAAAUUUUCCGAGAGGUCAAAAAAUGAAUGGGGUUGCUGCUGAUAAUUACAGUACAUUCAAUUUAAAACGGAAACAGCAAAAGAAAACACAGCUAUUCUAUGAGCCACCAAAUGAAUGGAGUAGUGAUAAACGAUCAGAUCGACCACGGGUAAACUUUGUAAAUCCUAACGAUUCUAAAGGUGAUGAUGAAAAUUGGAGAACACAUAAAACACCUAAUGUAGUGAUUGUUCCUAAAAUGGUUAAAAAAAUUGAUGAAAAACCAGUCGUUUCAGAAAAAAUCAUAACUCCAGUUGAUAUUAUACCUACUUUGGUUACAAAUGCACGUGGUAAUACUGUACAAAAUAACACAGAUAAAACAUCUGCGUUUGGUAAUAGGAAACGAGAAGAAAAGAAAGUCCCUAGUAAACCAAUUCCUAGUUCUCUUUUAAUGAAUUAUGAAAAAUUGCCUCCAAGAUUGCGAAAAAAGUUUUGUGAUGAUCACCAUAUUUCUAUGGAGGAAGUAGAAGCAUUGUUAACGAAUGGACUAUCAUCUCAAGAUGAACAUCAUAAACAAAACAGUUCAUAUCAAUCUAGAAGUCAAACAUUACCUCCAAGAAGUGGCAAGGGUCGAUUCAAUGAACCACAAAGACAUGAACAGGGAUUUUAUAGGACUAAUUCUAAUCAACAGCAACCAAAGACUGAAAUGAGGAGACAGCAAUCUGCAGUCGUCCAUAGUUCAACUGAAUCUAGUAGACGAGGCGUUGAUUUUGAUCUACCUACUAAAGUUUAUAACAGUCAUCAUGAAUUGAAAUCGGUUGAUCAUAAUAUCAGAGAUGAUACUGAAAACAACUGUUCUGUUAGUGUAAAACAGUCUAUUGAAAGUGCAGUUUUACUCCCUAGUGGCACAAUUAACUGGGCUGAAGAAGUGGAACGAGCUGAAAACAUGUUCAAAGUUGCAGAAGAUUCAAAAAAGGAAGUUCAGAGAUUAGAAACUGUAGAAAAAACAUUAAAUCCUCCUAGAGAUAGAAAACAAAGGAAGGGUAUCAGUAAAGAUAGAAAUUGUACAAAUACAUUACUUCAACGUGAUCAACCAUCUAGCAGUACUCAUUCCAACUGGCAUUCUCAAAGCAAUGAUAACUCUGAAAGCUUAAACAGUAAUGGUGGAAGUUGGAGAAAAGAAAAAUCUAAAUCUAUUAGAAAUUGUAGUAAUGACCGAUCAAGGAAUCAUUCACGGAAUCGUAGGAACAGAAAUAACAGUGAAAAAUCAGUACCACACAAAUCUGAGAAUGUUGGAGGUAUUAUAAAACUACCACCUAAUGUGAAUGUGAAUGCCACUAAUGCCUCUGAUAAUAAGUCGCUUAGUCUUAAUGGUUAUUUAAAUAAGACCGUUACAACCACAACAUCACCAUCGUCAUAUCCAGCUAAACAGUUAUUUAAUCCUAAUAAUCCUAAUAAACCUAUAGUGAUAUCUCCUAAACAACAAAAUGCCAGAGCAGGUUAUCCACCAGCUAAUAUCGAACCACCUCAUGCUAAAGAACAUUUUUCAAUGAAUAUUAACCCUACAAAUGCUCAACAAUAUUCAGGUGCACAUUAUGGUAGUGCUCCGCCUGCUUGGUAUGAUCCAUACACAGAAAGUUACCGUGCCUCAAUCUAUCCAGUUUUGUUAUUGGAUAUAAAGAAAGCUGAUUCUAUUAUAGGAAGUUUAGUUUUUGAACCAAAUAUGCUUCAAAAUUGGCCAAUAAUUAAUUCAUGCAGAGAAUUUUUAAAAGAUUCAUUAAAAGAGCUUUUAAAAUCAGACAUGAAAUUUUGCCAAAGAGAAAAUAUCGAAACACACUUUUGGAAAAUACUUUACCACAAUAUUAUUGAACACCUAAAAAAACUUAUAAAUGAAGAUGCACCAGAAUUAGUAAAAGAUUAUACCACUUUACUAAUGAAUUUAAUAGAAGAAGGUAUGAAGUAUAUGAAUGACCUAUUAAAAUUGUUGGAAAAACAUUAUAAUUUUAAUUUGGAUGAUUAUGUAUCUUUGACAUGCCUGUCUACAAAAAAACUUGGAAACGUUGGUCUUGCUUUAAUAUCUUCACAAAAAUUAUACAUAUCGUUAGGAGACUUGGCGAGGUAUAAAGAUAUCAUGAAUCAUAGUACUAAUUAUGUUAUUGCCAAACAAUGGUAUACCAAAGCCAACCAAAUAAACCCUAAAAAUGGUCGCCCCUACAAUCAGUUGGCGCUACUAGCUGUGUAUGAAAAACGAAAACUUGAUGCUGUUUAUUAUUACAUGAGAAGUUUGAUGGCUUCAAAUCCUUUUCAGUCCGCAAAAGAUAGCUUAUUGUCUUUGUUCGAAGAAUAUAGAAGAAAGUAUGAAAUGACUGAUAGAAAACGUUUAGAAGAUAGGGAAAGACGUGAACGUGAAAAAGCUAAGGAAAAGGAGAGCUCCAUGUCAUCUAAAGAAAAAUACAGUAAAAGAAGGAAAGAAAUAUGGAUACACCCUGAUGGCAGUAAACGCUCUCAUAGAACGACAUCAUCCACAGAACCAACUCAAGAUAUUGAUGAGGAGGAACUGUCCAAACUAUCUCAGUCAGAGGUUAAUAAAAGGUUUAUUGUUAGUUUUCUACACAUUCAUGGAAAACUAUUUACUAAAGUUGGUAUGGAGACUUUUCAAGAUACCGCAUUACAAAUGUUAAGAGAAUUUCGUAAAUUAUUGUCAAAUACACCAAUACCAAUCAUAACAACAAGGUUUUUGCAGUAUUUGGCUUUGAAUAUGUUUUCAAUUGAAUACAGUCGUCCAAAAGAAACACAUGUAGAACAAGGAUAUUGGUCUACAGUUCAUGAGUGUGCAUUAGCAAUGUCAUUGCAAAUGUUUAGCUUGAUUGUUGACAGAUGUAAUCAACUUUUGAAAGAGAUCUUAAAUAAAGAUGAUGGGUCUACAGCUAAACAAUUGAUUGGUAGUGACAUAGACUUUCUGUUACCACCCAUAAAGGUAUGGUGUGAUUGGCUUCUAUGUAAUUCCAAGGUAUGGAAUCCACCUCCAUCGUGUUCAGAUUAUAAACUCUCUGGGACUGGAGACUGUUGGUGUCGAUUGGCCUCUUUGGUUAACAAUUUGGAAAAAUUUCAAGAGCAUUUUAAAUUGGUUUUGAAUGAACCUGACGAAAGUGAUCCAAAUUUGAAACAACAACUUAAACUGCCUGAAGAUUCUAUGUUUAGUGGGUUUACUCCAAUAAUUGGUUACGAGCUAAAACCUAUUUUUAUUUCAACUACUUCAGAUAGAGACCUGUCUGAGCUCACCCAUAGAGUGAAUUGUAUAUUGUUCUUUGGCACAGAAUUUUUGUGUGGUACUGAGCCACCUGUAUUUAAAUUACAUAAAACCGACACUGGAGCAAGUGAAUAUAUUUCAGUUGUUGAAACAGCUAGUCCCAAAGAUGAUAGUGAAGAUGAGGAAAUGUGUUUUGAAAGUUGGAUUGAUGAGGAAAAUGAUUUAAAAUCAAGACCAUCUGAAGACAAAUCUGUUUCUGAGUUACAAUCUAAACCAAUCUCAAAUGAAAUACAAAAGCUUUUAAGUAGAAAAGAAGAAUUGGAACAAAAACAACGAAAUGAAGAAUUGAGGCAAAAGCGUGUACAAGAAAUAUUGAAACAAGCAUCGUAUUGUAUUGAAAUUGAAAUCAAACCACAUUUUGUGGUUCCAGAUACCAACUGUUUUAUUGACUAUUUGCCACAACUUGAGAAAUUAAUAUAUUCUUUAUCACACGCACAAGAACAUACUUGCACUCUAAUGAUUCCUACUGUUGUACUUAUUGAACUAGAAGGGUUGGCCAAAGGUGGAUGGGUCAGAGAUUCAGUGUGUGAUGCUGCUAAACAAGCGUUAAAAAUAUUAAAAAACAUAGAUUCAGCUGCCGUUAAAUUUGUGACAACCAAAGGGUCAAGUUUUAAAUCUACAACAUGUUUUGAAGAAGAAAACAAUUUUGUAUGCUUUGUAGGAAAUAAUGAUGAUAAAAUAUUGGCAACCUGUUUAAGUCUAUGUAAAAAUAAUUCUCAACUACCCAUUGAUAAUCCACCUGUAGAAGGAGAACCUAAAAAAAUAUUUAGAGAUGUUGUCCUGCUGACAGAGGAUCGAAAUUUAAGAGUUAAAGCUCUCUCGUCAGAUAUGCCUGUAAGGGCAGUAAUGGAUUUCAUUAACUGGUUGAAUUUCUUUAGUAGUUGAUCCAUUCAGUUGCAAUGGUAGGAAUGCUAUAUUGUUCCUAAUUACAAAGACUUCUAGUGACAUUUUUAAUACCACUGUUUAUGGUACCUACUUAACUUUUGUGUCCUUCUAUUUCGGCACUCAUUUCAAAUGUUAACCAUUUAUAAAUACAUAAAACAAUACAGUCUGACCAACGUUUUUAAUUUUUAAUUUUUCGACUUACCGGUGAUCAAUCUUAUUUUUUUAUUGAAUACAUUUAUCACUGUAAAUCGUCGUCGUGUACAUAACAUAAUAUACAGAGUAUAGAGGAUUCAAAAGGAGGAGAAGGAGGAGGAAGAUGAGGACCUCGGAAAAGGAGACGAUUAGAAUAUCAAAAACACAUUACGCAAGCGAAUUCGAAUUCGGGAUAUUGUCAAGACUCUUGACUCAAGAGGAUAAAUUAUGCAUAUAAAAAAUCAGACGGCACACACCCCGAAACGCUGCUGCAGUCCAAACGUUUAUUUUGGCAUUAAAUAUAACAUUCUUUUAAUAUAUUAUUAAAGGUGUGUGCAAGCCGUUCGAUUUCGUAAUCGUUGGCAUCAAUAGAUUUGUUUUUCUUUUUUUUUCUUUAUUAUUAUUAUUAUUAUUUUUACUUCAUUGUUAUUUUUAGUACCUAACUGUACGCUAUACUGCCUAUUAUUUAGAUGUCGAUAAAUUCGUAUUUCAUUCGGAUCACUUUUAAUUAAUUAUAUUAUGAAUGUAUAUAUCGUGCUAUACGCAAUAUAAAACAUCAUAAUAUUAUACAUAAUUACUUCCGGCUGCCAAAAAACUGUGUAUAGAUGUAUCCCUCUAUAUUGCGAUAACUUGGUCGGGAAGAGUAUAAUAUAACUAUUAUUAUGUGUAUAUAUUAUAUAGUGUACAUAUGUAACUUUGUAUUUGUCGUUAUACUUGUUUUGCACCCAACAAGAUGGUCGCCCAGCCCCCAGAGACCCCUUCGAUUUAUUGUUACAUUAUACGUGUGUACCAAAACCACGAUUUCAUAAGGAGUUGAAAGAUUUUUCCACCGAACCGCAAUCGGACAAUCCCCUCGCCCGUCGCCGCCACCAUCACUCAUAAAUCUCGUUAGGUUAGGUAUCUAAGAAAAAUAUCGAAAACGCCAAUUUAUUUUUUGACGGUAGAGAUCCCAGCUCGAUUGUCAGACAACCGUGUACAUAUAUUAAUCGAUGUAUAUCUAUUAUUAUCUGUAAUAGUAGUUAUGCACGUUAGUGUAUUUUAUACUUAAUUCAUGUGUAUAGUGUUUACUGAUCAUCUUUAUAUUUUAUACAUAGACUAUCGCUCAUUCUUCGCACCACCGAAAUGCGAACAAUCGUCGCGUUAUUAUAACGUUUACAAUGUCUGUCGAUUGCUCGACGAUUCUGUAUAAUAUUCAUGCUGAGAGAUGUUGGUUACUUGUCGUCCGAACGGAUAUUAGAGAUCAACCGACGAUAUUUGUCGUACCAUUUUUUAUCUAGUUUCCUUUUAUCGUGUAUUAUAUUUCGUCAUCGCCGCCACACUCCACUCUUCCCCUCCCACACCGGCACGUGGUACGCUUCUAAGACACGUCGUCGUGUAUUUUAUGCGAAGUAGAAGAAAGGAAAAUCGUGUUUAUAUUUUAUUUUUUACUUUUUUUUUUAAACGUCUAACGGUUUUACUAUUUUCAUUAUUAAAAUUUUUUUUUUUUUUACUUCCGUCUCCUCGUACACGAUAUUAUAAAUAAGUGUGUAUCAUAUGUCCCUCUUUUGAAAUGUACAAUUUUAAACAUGAUAUAUUAUUAUAUUUAUUGUAUUUUUAUUUUUUUAGUUUUAUUUAGUUGUUAAUUUAUUAUUAAUUGCCUAAUAUUGUUUUCUUAUCGAAAAUAUUAAUCUAGUGAUAUUUAGAUAUAGUUGUAAAAAAAUAAAAUAUUAAAUUGAAAAAAAGAACUGAAUAUUGUAAUGAUAACAAUUCAUAUAACGUUAAAUGUUAUAGUUUAUACAACGAGGAGCCCGCCAGUUGGUUAAAACCGCACCACACCACAGUAACUAAUUCUAAUAAGUGAUUCUGCUUAGUGAUAAUAUCAUUAUUAUUAUAUCAAAUAUCAAAAAAAGCAAUAAUGUAUGUUGGUUUUAAACUUUAUAUUAUUAUGUAUACUUAUAAAUAUAAUAUAUAAUUCAUAUUAUAAUAAGUUGUAUGUAAUUGAUA